AUCUUGAUUUGGAUACGACUUAGUUGAACGCCCCAUUGCGUCACUGCAACCGGAGCUUACCGUAGUGUAGGUAUGGCUAGAAUAAGUCAUUCUGAAAGUGCCAUAUCGAACCUAGACAAUAAAACAAACGGCAUCACCUCAAAGUGCUAACUACCUUGAUAGGUAGCUUUUCCUAUGAUAGUAAGAUACCUCAUAUUGUAAUAUUGUAAAUUAAUCACAGAAUCAACGGUGUCCGAAUACAACAUGUCAUCCAACGACGAUAACACAUCUCAGCAACCCCGCGAAGGCGAGGAACAGCAAAAUCAACAAGAGCCGUCAACUUCGCAGGCCGAAGAAGGACAGCAGCCGACGGAAGAUCAGAGUAAUAACCACAAUCAAUCACAAGAGGACGGCGAUAAGGUGGAUGAAGACAGCGGCGAGAAGAAGGAGGAAGCAAAUGCGCAGACCCAACGCCAAGCCGAACCUGAAAAGAAAAAGCAACCUCAAUCUCAACCUAAAACAGCUCGCGCCGAGUCGGAGAAGCCUAGUCGAUCGCGACGACGUCGCCGUCAUCAACCGGCAUGGAUGGAUGACGAUAAAGAGAACGAUUACGAGAAACAGAUGGCACCUCGUAGGCCGCGUCAAGCACCACUACAGUACCAGCCCCAACAGCAGAUGCCGAUGCAGCCAAUGCAGCAAGUCCAACAGCAACCUCAGAAAAACAACAGCGGGAAAAAUCCCCUGAAGCUGCGGUUAGAUCUUAACCUCGAAGUCGAGGUGACAUUGAAGGCCCGGAUACACGGCGACCUUACUUUGUCUCUCUUUGAUACUUAGUUUAAGAAUAAAAGUUGACUAACAGCCUUAUUCGCCAACAUCAGGGAAGGGUUAUAGUUUACGAGCCUGCGCCGUUUGGCUGUAACUUAUGAAAGGAGAGGGGGUUUACGAAGCCGCCUUCAUAUAGAACAUGCGAUGAUGUGAAGCGGAACAUUUGGACAUCCGUGGGGCGUUGAGGUUGAGGGUAA